AUGGCUAAUUUUGACAACGAGAGACUCAUUAUGGAAAUUCAUUUGAAGCCGUCUAUUUGGGACACUUCAAGUGAAGAGUACAAAAAUAGGGAUAAGAAACUUCAAGACUGGCAAGAUGUAGCUGCUGCUUCGAACGGUAAUUGGGAUACACUGAGUAAAACUCAAAAAGAUGAAUUUGUGAAAGAAAUUAUGAAAAGGUGGAAAAACCUACGUGAUACAUUUAAAAGAGAACAUCAACAAUAUGUUAAAUCAGGGUCUUCGAUGAAGAAAAAAGUAAAGUAUUGUUAUUAUGACAUACUGUCAUUUCUUCAGCCAAGUUUAAUCGGCAGAACUACCGAAGGAAACAUAGUUCAUGAAAAUGAAAAUGAAAUUGAGGACAUUAAUAUCAUUGAUUCCCCUGGUUCUGUAGAAUGCGAAGAAACAUUACCAACAAAAGCUGCUACUAAAGUAACACCAAAGCAAAGUAAACAAAAACUUUCAACUUUUCAAGAAAAUUUAUUGAAUGCAAUCGAAAAAAAUCGAACUCAAACAAAACCAGAAGAAUUUGAUGAAAACAAACAUUUUUUACUUUCCUUGUUACCAUCAAUGAGAAGGAUGAACACCGAAAACAAUUUUCAAUUUCGAAUUGAAAUCAUGGAAUGUAUGAAAAAAUAUUUAACACCAGCUAGUCAACCUCAAACCACUAAUCUAUCACCCUCCGCCAUUCCACAAUCACAAAGACCAUAUUAUCAAGUUCCGAAUGAAUUAUUAUACUCUUUACCACCGUAUCAAUAUCACAACACUAUGCCCCCACCACAGCUAGAUAUUUCAAGUAAAAAUCUACAACCAAAUUAUCUAAAUAUUUCAUUGCCGUCUAUAACACAAAAUGACCCCAAUGGCCAUACCAAUAAUAAUUAUAGUCUUGAAUAA